GAGCCACGGGAGCAGCUGCGGUGCUCUGCCAUAUUGUGUCUGGCCCGGCCCGGCCCUCGCCUCCCCUUCGCGGCGGCCGAGCUGACGAAAUAUAUGAGUCAAUGGGUCCAGUAAUUGGAAUGACUCCGGAUAAGAGAGCUGAGACUCCGGGAGCUGAGAAGGUUGCAGGACUGAGUCAGAUUUACAAAAUGGGAAGUUUGCCUGAAGCUGGGGAUGCUGCUAGGCCAAAGGCCACUCUAGUGGGCAGUGACUCAGCAGAUGACGAACUAACAAACUUGAACUGGCUUCAUGAGAGUAGUAAUCUUCUAACAAACCUCAGGCUUGGAAGUGAAGGCCUUCCAAUGGUUAGUCCGUUGUAUGACAUAGAGGGAGAUGAUAUGCCAUCCUUCGGACCAUCAUACUACCAGAACCCAGAAAAAAAAUCAGCAACUUCAAAGCCCCCAUACUCCUUUAGUCUUCUCAUUUAUAUGGCUAUUGAACACUCACCAAAUAAAUGUUUGCCUGUCAAAGAAAUUUACAGCUGGAUUCUGGAUCGCUUCCCAUACUUUGCCACUGCACCUACAGGCUGGAAGAAUUCUGUUCGGCAUAAUCUAUCCUUGAAUAAAUGUUUUCAGAAAGUGGAAAGAAGUCAUGGCAAGGUUAAUGGAAAAGGAUCCUUAUGGUGUGUUGAUCCAGAAUAUAAGCCCAAUCUUAUGCAGGCCUUGAAAAAGCAACCUUUUUCUUCUCCACAAAGUGCUUCUUCAUCGCCUCACUACUUCAGCUCUGUUCUCAAGCAGAGUCAAGCGCAAACUCUUAAAGAAUCUGAUAUUGAUGCUGCCACUGCAAUGAUACUUUUAAAUACUUCAAUAGAACAAGAGAUUUUAGAAUGUGAGAAGCCUCUGCCUCAUAAAACAUCACUGCAGAAGAAGAGGAGCUACGGCAGCGCCUUCAGUGCCCCCAGUGCUGUGCAGCUUCCGGAGAGCCAUUCUGCAGCCUCCAGCAUUGACCCAAAAGCAGACCAUAAUUACAGUGCCAGCAGUGUGGCAGCCCAGCGUUGCGCAUCCAGGGCUAGCAUGUCUUCCCUCUCUUCUGUAGAUGAGGUGUAUGAAUUCAUCCCGAAGAGUAGCCAUGGAGGAAGUGAUGGCAGCGAAGGCUUCCACAGUGAAGAGGAGACAGACGCUGAGGAUGAGGAGGACCCUCUUGGAGACAGUGGCUAUGCACCACAAGCUCAUGAAGACAGCACUCGGAAAGGACAACCAGGCAAAAAGAUUCCCAAACAGUCAUGUCAGGAGAUUGAUGAGGAGCUCAAAGAAGCAGCUGGGUCACUGCUCCACCUUGCUGGAAUCCGCACCUGCCUUGGUUCACUAAUAAGUACUGCAAAGGCACAGAGUCAAAAACACCGGAAAAAGUAGAAAUACUUCUUUCUGAAGUUCUUCUAAAGUGUGGCAAUACUCUUCUACUUAACUUUUUACAAGGGAUAUCAGAGCCAUAUCGGACCUCUUUAGCUUGAGGGUGGGGGAGGGGUGCCACUUGUUUCUUUCUAAAUAUUUUUUUGGUUGCUUUUCUUUUUUUUGUUUAAACAGUUGCUCUUAGGAUCAUGCCUAAUUGUAAAUCUGACAUAAAGGACCCCACAACAUAAUUUCUGUGAAUAAGUGUCUCCCAGAUUGAGAAAUUUUUGUAUAGGAAAAUUGGUGGCCUCCAUCUUAAACUUGUUGGAAAAAAAAAUCUCUUUGUUAAUCAGUAAAAAAUUGGUAACUUGUAUUUUCAUUUUUCUUCUCAUUCUGCUAUUAACUAGUAACUGGCAUCUAUCUCCUGUGCUUCUCUCCUGACGUAGUACAGAAGGGUGAACUGGGGAUGCUUUGUCCUCCCUUGUUUUCAGUUACUCUUUGUCACAGUAUGAACAUGGCCAUAUAUGAAUUGGAAAGAUCCAAGAUGCCUAGAAGCUAUCUGGUUUGUAGAGAAUGUAACCGUUCUAAGGAUUAGGAAAGGCCAUUUGGGGAUGUGGCUCAUCUCAAGACUCUUAAUUCCUCCUGCAAUAGUAUCUUUGAAAUGUUUUACCUCACAGUUAAUGUGUAGCAUCACUGGGGCCUUUACCCUUUCCCAGAGUACUCUGCAAGUGUUAAAGUUUUAGCUGCUAGCUGUUUUUGUUAAGUAAAAAUUGUCUGAUGAGAGGAUACAGCCAGAGUGUGUCAUGAAAUAACAUUCAUCUUGACACACUCGGACAGAAAGAAUCUCCCAUCUGCUUUCUGAACGUAGUGUAAUGAAGAUAUUAUGACAUCAUAAGUAAAGGAAGAGGUCAUUGAAGGCAAAACUUUCCAAGCUUUGUAUAAUUAAAAUUAAAUGUGUAAUGAAUUAGACUUAAAACAUUAUUAAGUGUUCCUAUUAAGGAAAAUAUAGAGAAAUAUCUUCAGGGAUUUCAAAAUGCAUAUAAAAAUUGGAUCUUACAUAAAACUUUUUGAGAAGGCAAUGCAAUACCUGUAUGUGCCAUUAAUCCACGCUAAAAUAUUUUAUAUUACUAUUUCAAAAGUGUAUUGGCUAAGAUACUUUAAGUAUUUGAAACUGCUUAUAUGAGACAGUUUUCAUAUCACUUAUAGUUUGACUAUAGAAUUUAGAACAGGGAUACUAAUACUAUAACUCAUAUAUAUAUAUUUUUUUUACAGUGAUGGGAUAAACUUCGGGAAAGUUUAGUCUUAUUUCAUGAUACAUCCUGUAUUCUAGACAGCGACCUUUGAAUUUUCUCAUUUAUAUGCGUAUAUAUACACUUGCUGUGUGCAAACAUACACAGGCUCAGGUUCGUUUCCUGCUUUCAAAUGUUUUUAUGACUAUAAAGAAUUUUCUUGGAGUUUUUUAAAGAGACAGAUGUUUUUAUUUUUACUUCUAAAUUUUUUCUGGGCAGUACUGUCAAAUGAGAAGAAAAACAAAAGCAUACUUGACAACAUUUAAGCUAUAAUACUAUUGAUACACUCCUGUUUCCCUGUUAGUUGUAAUUGAAUCUGGAUAGCCAAAUUAAUGAGAUUGGUGCUACAAAAAAAUAUAGACAUUUUUCUUUUAUUAAUAAUGCAGGAUGAGGAAUUUGGAACUUUUUAAAUUCAUAAAUGUUAUCUCUCCAGAAAACAGUUAAAUGAAGUUAUUUUUUACACAGACAGUGAAUAAAACACCAAACAGAAGUGUGGUCUUGAAGAGAUGGUAGAGUUGAUAGCACAGAAUUAUGAAGCCAAUCACCACACCCUUCGGGGUGGCCCUUUACAGGGUCACCGCAUGCUGUUCUGAAAGACAUGCUAUUCUCAAAGGCUCCAUCACCUGUAUUUCUCUUAAGUCUCUGUGCAAUGGGCAAGCUGUUCUGCAAAUGGAGGGAAGUGAUCUGGAGUAUGAGGAAAGAGUUCUCAGCUCCAAGAGAAGGACCUCAUCAGAAGUUAUCGUUAGGCAGUAACUUAAAUUCCUUUCUCUCCUUCAGUGGCCUCUUAUUUAAAGCAGCAGCCAUUAGCAAGGAAGAUCCGUGCCUGUGCUGCUUUUAAGACUGACUAGCAGCGCUCCCUAACAACUUGCACUUAGUUCUCUUACAGGAUUCAGUGUCUCACUUUUUAUUUGCUGCUGUGUCCAGGCAUCCAUCUCAAGGGGAGAACCUUCCUAAUUUGAUUCCUUAUGUUCUUGGAAAUUAUGCUUCUGUUUGGUGUGCUCCAAUUGAAGCAUAGCUUGGAAUCAUCCAGUUGAAGAAGUCAUCCUGAAUUUUAUGAGCUAGAAAUUCCCAGUAAAUAACAAGCUUUGUGUAAUAAACACAGCUUAGAAAUCCAGGGACACCAUACAUGCUUCAAUAAUUUAAAACUGGUUUUAGCUAAGGUAUACUUUGUCUUACAUCAAAAUAAGAACUUUGUUGGAAACAAUUCCAUUUUUAAUGGAUUCCUAAUAAAAGUUGUGUCUUAGCACUAUUAACUUUAUUUUCCACAUUGCCAAGAGAAUCAGUGUUUCUUGAGUAUGUCUUUGAAAUUUGUUUGUGCAAUAUAUUACUAAAAUAGUUGAUUUUUUGCUUUCAAAUUUAGAGUGAAACAUUGCCUAGAUCAGUAGAAACGCCUUUUCUGUUCUCAUAGCCAGCUCGACUUCUCUUAACUCAGAUUCCUUUAUAUAUUGUAAAGUUCAGCAUAUGUUCUCACUGCUUUCUGAGGCAUUAUGUAAAGGGUUCAUACUAGAUGGUCAGUUAAGUACGAGUUAGCAUAGUUCAAAGCUAGAGCAAGUGUUGAGGGAGUGCUUGUGUGUAGUAGACUGGAGGCCUUUUCAGCAGUUUAGGCUGUUGUCUCAGAUGGCAGCACCUUAAUGCCCUUUGAAUCUGUAUAAAGCAACUUUUGAGGCUUUCUGGUUUACAUAUAUGUCGUGGGUUUUUUUUAGUUAUUAUUUUGAAAUGUUUAAGUUUUAAUUAAAGUUUACUCCAGUGUGUUAAUGAUGUAAUCAAAUAUUUAUUGAAAGGCAAAAUAGAAUAUUUUAAUGUUAUCCCUGCCAUUUUUUCAAGAAUAUUCUUUGCAUCUAACUGCCAGUGCCAUUGUCAAACUUGUUUUCAAAAUUGUUGUACUUGUUUUUAUUAAACAGAGUGCUUAAUUUUAAAGUAUUAUGUUGCCAUCGUAUAGUGUAUAGAAUGUAUAAUUGCCAAUUCAUUGUAACUUAUUUAUUUUUAAACUAAAGUAUAAGAAUACCUUUUGAUUAGAGAAAUUUGUUAUUAAAAUUGUUUUCUCUUUACUGAUGUAGCAUAAAAACUUGUGAGUUUAACUGCCAAUAGAUGACCAGCCACAAGUGAACCACUUCUCAGUUGCCAGCCUUGCUUAAUAGCAGAAACAACUUACAAACGUUUAGUUUUUGUAUCUAAUCUCUGACUAUUAAAAUGUUUAUAAAGUUUAUUUUUACCAAAGAGAUACAAUUCAUUAUGAUAAAGUUGCGAAAUAAACGUCAUUUUAUAACA